AUGUCAGAGCCCAAAAAUAAGAAGAUCAAACACAUUGACGAGCUGCCUGAAGAUCUCACUGUAGAGCUGCCUGAACAUCUGGUGGAGUACAUCAUAUCAACAUAUUUGCCCAUCCAAUAUGUUCUACAAAACCAUGUUGUGUCCAAAACAUUCAGGGAAGCAGCAAUUCGAUCCCGAGACCUUGAUUUCGGCAGGAUAUACUCCAGGAGACGUAGUCAAUCAGAGGUUGUACAUAUAAUUGAAGAGAUUUUUAAUCAACACAAAGGAUCAGAAAUCAACCGAUUUGUUCUGAUUCUCAAUCAUAUUGGCGUAGAGGAUAAGGUACUCUCGUGGGUAAAAACAUGCCUAAGUAAAAACAUUCAAGAGCUGACGUUAAACUUCUCCAAAUCCAAGAAAGUCAUGGAUCUCUCUGUUGAUUUCUCGGCCAUCGAGACACUAACUGUCUUGAAUCUAAGGUGGUGUAAAUUCGAAAUACCGAAUAAUACCCCAAAGGGUUUAAGACUCUUGAGGACACUUGCGCUCAUGAAGUCCAACGUAACACCAGAGAUGAUAGAUGCAAUAUUCAGCAACUGCAUUCACCUCGAGACGCUUGAACUAACCAGAUGCAUAACGCAUGGGGUAUUGAGCAUCAAUGCUCACAAUCAUAAGAAGUUCAAGGAACUGGUCCUGUAUUGUAUGCCUAAUCGCUUGCAAAUCAUUUUAGAUGCACCUACUCUUGAAUGCUACAAGUAUGAAGGAUUUGUUAGGAUUCUUGACUUUUCAAAAGUGGACGCACUUAAGGAGGCGAAACUCCAUUAUAUCCAGAAUUACAAUUGGCGUUAUUACGAUUCGUCUAACAUGGUGCUUGCUAACAUGGUGGCCUAUACAGGAGUUCAUGUCCUCUCAACGACAAAUAUCUUUCUUGAGAUUAAGGAGUUCACAUUUGAACCUGGUAUGCUUUGGAUAAUUCAUCAAAUGUCAUAUAUGGAGAGCAGCAACUGCGAGUUUAACUCUAUCAAGGAAGUCACGAUUGAUGGCUACAAAAACCAUUGGCAUGAGCUUGAUAUAGUGGAGUUCUUUUGCAGGCACGCAAAAUCGCUAAAGAAGUUGAAGUUGAUCAUUCCAAAAAACGUUAAGAAAAGAGCUCGCGGACUCGAUUAUGCUAGGCUGGAUUACCUAAAAAGCAGAUUUACAGGUGUUAUAGUGGAAGUUUAA